AUGUUUGAUUUGUGUACGCUCGAAUUACAAAAACGUUUAAUGCCGGCUAGAGAAAAAAUAAAACUAUCUGAUGAUGCGAGAUUAGAACGUGAUCGAGCAAAAAAACUUGGUGAAACAGUUGUGGAGCCAAAGAAUCUAUCAAAAUUACAAACAUCGUUUCCUGACGAUAUUGGUUCAAAUAAUUCUGGUUUUUAUCAGUUAAUUGCUGUUCUCACACAUAAAGGACGAUCAAGUUCCAGUGGACACUAUGUGGCAUGGAUUAGAAGAAAUCAAACUGAAUGGCUUAUGUUUGAUGAUGAAAAUGUAACAGUUGUAACAGAAGAAGAUGUUAUCAAAUUAUCCGGUGGUGGAGAUUGGCAUACGGCUUAUGUGGUGAUCUAUGGACCAAGACCUGUUGAAAUUGAAGAAAAAUUGUCUGCCUCUGAGUCUCAAGCUUUUCUAGAAGAAAUGUAUCGUAAACAAAACUUGCAUGCAAUAGAUGGUUUACCUCAAACUGAUACAACAUGCACUACCACUCAAGUUGUUAGUAGUGGUCUAUUAUUAGAACUACGUACAGAAUUUGAAACAUCCACAUCACUUCGUAUUCCUGUUGGUUUCAAUUAUGUUCACUUUCUUCUUCUGUUGCUCUAUGAUACCUGUUCGAUUCGUGAUGAAAAUUUUCCAUUAACACGAACAUACUAUCGUUUACGACGAAAAUUAAUAACAUCAAAACGAAUUAUUAUCAAUGAUGAUACGUUAGAACAUCGUCAAGAAAUUUUAGAGUGUAUAUAUAAAAUAUUAAAUAAAAACGAACAAUAUUUAAAUGAAUAUGUUGAAGAAACAAAACUUAGUAUUCGACAAUGUCCAAUUAAUUGUUUAUUUCGCCUCUAUUCACCGUUACAUAUCUAUUUUAAUAUGGAACCAUUGGAAAACAACGAGGAGAAAGUUGGUGUGAUUUGUGCUGGUGAAUUGUUUGAUCUAUUCCGUUCCCAUUUUAUGAAACAAUAUACGCUUGAGCGUUGCGAUUAUUUACAUUAUUGUAUUGCGCAUGGUAAAACUAGACUAAUACAAGCAUUUUUCGAUCAAGACACAACAGAUACGUGGCUAACAUCAAAAAUAAAUAGUGCAAGUGAUCGACAUUGGUUACCGCUGCAUUAUGCUUGUUAUGUCGGUGAUCGUGAUAUAGUGGAAAAAUUAUGUCAUUACAAACAAAAUAUAAAUCCAUUUCAUUUGUUAAUACCAAAAGCAAGGAAUCGAGAUUUUAAUGAACAUCCAUUUGACUAUUUAUUAAGAGCUACUGGUAUGGGCAGAGAAACAGAUGUCUCAUCAAUAAGAAUACCCUCAAUUGCGAUUGACAAUGAGACAAAAACACAAGGUGAUGUAGAUGAUGAAGGAGAGGAGACUGAUGAAGAAUUGGAUGAAUUGCCUACUACUGCGACAACAGAAACGAUGGGACGUGAGAGAAGAGAUAGUUUUGAUUAUGGCACUUCGCCGUUAACACAAGCAUAUGAUGUUGAGAUACCAGAUGCUGAUGAAUUAGAAUAUUCAGCCGUACCACAAUUAUCUCGUGAGAAAUUUUUACGUAAAAUAGCUGAACAACCAAAGGGCAUUAUUUAUGUAGUACCGUCACCUCUACUAUUGGCCGCAGCAUGUGUCAUACAAGAACGAACAGUUGCCUACGACGAUAUUGUCAAAAUUUUACUUCAGUCAAACUUAAUCGAUUAUGAUGGUAUUAAUCACGUAUCAUUGACUAAAAAUGUUUGUGAUUAUUUCUCAAAGAGUAAAUAUGUCAAUUUUAAUCAAGCAACAAUUUACAGAGAUCUUGAUUGUAAAGAUGUAGCUGAGACGAUCUAUUACAAAUGUGAUGCACUAUUUACAACAACAACGAAUAUUAAAGACAACGAUAUAUCAAACAAUCUUAUUCCACCAUCGAAAACUGUCAAUAAUUAUAGUACACCGAUCGAGGCUACAACAACUACACAAAAUGAUAGUCGUCUACUAUUGACUGCUCCAAGUAGUGAAGAUGGUACAGUGACCACGAUCUCAGAAGAUGGAAGUUUGACAAAUGCCGAUAUUACAGCUCAAAUAUACUGUUUCAUUACUGUACUUCUACAAAGAAAUAUUUUUAUGCAUUUUCCGAAUUGGGAUCAUCAUCUACUCAAAAAUGUUUUGCAAUUAUAUUCUGAACAAAUUCAAAAAAUAUUUCAUUGUUAUCCAAAAGCAUUAGCAACACAAGGACAAAUUAUACAUAGUGAAAAGUUAAAUGAAUUGACAUGGAAAUUAAUUGUUAGUUAUGAAAUGAUGGCCACAUCCGAUCACUCUGAACCGUCUGGUAAAACUUUUAGUUAUCAAUUAUUUCAAGUUUCCGUUGAAUAUUAUUUUAUUUUAUCUUAUGCUGAUUUAUUAGCCGACACAUAUUUUACUAUUUAUCAUACUCCUCUAUCAAUUGUUGUUCAAAAUGAAUGUUUGACUAUGUUAGAUACGUUGUUACAUUGCUUUUUCACACGUCGUGGUUUUUCAAGAUGGGGUACAUUAUCCAUAUACGAAUUGGAAACAUGUUUUGAUCUAUUAUUUCAAUCAAAGAAAAAUUUUCAAACAUUCUCUUUAUUAUGUUCAAUUGUUAAACGUUAUUAUCAACAAACAACAACUGAUUCAUUUUCAGAUGGAAAUACGUCAAUGAUUCAACGAAUAUUUGUCUAUGCAUUUGCAUCUUGUGUUAAACGAAAUGCAAGAAUGGAAUUAGAUUAUUUAAUAAGAAAUUUUUCAUUAAUCUAUUAUGAUAGUUGUUUACACUAUCCAUCUGAUAUUAGACAUAAUGUAUUAUCUUAUUGUGUCGUUCGUAAUCAGGCCUCUAUCUUAGAACAAUUAAUGUUAAAUAUAAAACAAAGUAUGUACAAAAUUGAACAACAAAAACAAAAUUCAACAUGGAAUCCAAGUAAAGCAUGGUCUUUAGCUACCACUCUCUAUUCUUUAACAUUACAACCAACUAACAUUGAUACCGAACAACAACAACAACAAUCAACGUCUCUCAUCUCCACUAUUCUUCAUUUAAAUCAAGAACUACAAAAUGGAGAGAAUUCAUCUAAUGGUGGUGCUAGUUCAAAUAAUCAAAAUAGUACUUCUCCAUUGAGUUAUGCAAUGAAUUUAGUUUAUACGUGUACGGGCGAUGAAUAUCGACAAUGUCGACGUGUACGAAAUACAGCUAUUAGUAAACGAAAACAACGUGGAAAUGAAAAGCGACAACCAAUUAUUUUACAAAAUGAUUUCGAAUUUAGACCAUCAAGAUCAGAAACCACUACACCAACACAUCAGCAUCAUAAACCUGGUGGACGAUUAUUAAAAAAUUUGAAACAAUUACAAUUUAAACUUACUCAUCCAAAUCAACAUUAUGUUCAACAAAUUAAUAAUUCUGAUUUAUUUACACAAAAUCAACAGAGUGUCAAUAAUCGUUCCCGUGGUGGUCAGUCAAAUGAAACAUUCCAGUCAUCAGUAGAUGAGAAAGAUACUUUUGUACAAUCACCAGUAUCUCGUUCAAUACCCGACAUUUCAUCAAUUCGAGCUGUUGUUCGUAAUUCUGAAACUUAUGCAUUAAUAGGCGACUGUGAUGAAACAAAUACAACGACGGUAGAACAACAGAAUCUAUUACAACUUGAAUCUGAGAACAGUAACAAGCAUAUAGCCGACAGAGGAUGUCGAGCAUUAAUAACAACACCGUUGGUACCACAGUUAACUUACAUUCCUGUUCAAAGUGAAUUAGAUCAAAAUCAAAUUGGUUAUGGUGUUGGCAAAGGAGGAGAAGAUGAAGAUGACACAGUUAGAGGACAAACAUUAUUGCAUGUAGCAGCAAGAUUACAAGGUCAUGAAGAUAUUGUUCGAGUAUUGAUAGCGGAUAGCCCAAUUGGCAAUUCAAUAAUGAAUCUCAAAGGCCAGAUCCCUCUAUUGUGUGCAAUUGAAGCAGGUAGUACAUCAACUGCUCAGUUACUAUUAGAAGCUGAUCCACAAUCAUUGACGGCUAUCGAUGAUAAAAAAUCAUCGGUAUUCCAUUAUGCAUGUCAUAAUAAAAAUGAUGUUAUCCUUGCAAGUGCCAUCGCAUUAUUAAGACGAUUAAGUUCAAGUCAAGCAGUAAGAGUACAAGCACUUCGAAAUUUAGUUGAAAAAAAUUCUGUCCAUGAAACACCGUUCAGUAUUGCUUGUUCAAAUGGUUCUAUUAAAUGUAUAAAACAAUUUAUUUCAUCAAAAUGGUUACAUCGGCGUAUACCAUUAUCCGAUUUAAUUACAGCAGAUGCAAUGAAAACAUGUAUUGACAAUGAUCAAUUGGAAAUUGUUACUUAUCUCGUAUCUGAUUUGAAACGUUUUCGUGUUAUACUAGAUCUUGUCAUUGACACUAUUUUUACUGAAUCAAUGCAACAAAAUCAAGACGUCAUUGUUGGUAGACGAUUGUACAAUUUAUUAGAAUAUUCAAUUUUAUUAAAAAAGGGUGAUUUUGUUAAAAUAUUUGUUAGUGUAGUAGUACCACGACGAUCAAUGUUACAUCCUAAAGUUCAACAACAACAUCCGUAUCUAUUGGUGAGAAAUAGUAGUAUCACAAAUAUUCACCAACAACAACUAAACAGAGGAGGUUUACAAGGUGAUCUAGAUGGUAUUGGACCAAACACUCUCCAUGAUGAAUAUAAAAAAUUUCUAACAAGAUAUUCAUUACCAUUCAUAAAUGAACAGUGCGAUCAAACGCCUAUCCAACGUAUGUUAAAGUCAAAAAAAUUGUUACCAUACGUACCUAGUUUAUUGGAACAAUUUAUUGAUGAAAAUGGUCUGGAUUUAUCGGUUAUUGAUGAUUGUCUAUGUUCAAAACCAACUGAUGAACAUUGUAUUUAUGGACGAAAUAGUCUUACAUCUCAAACAUCAUCACAACGUUUUUCAACGGCACAUUGGUUAAAAGAACAUCCAUUAAAUCUCAUAUCAGAGUUUGAUUAUCCACCGAUUUAUGAUCAUCCAAUUGUUAAAACAGCUGUUGAUACAAAAAUACAAUUAUUUGGAAAUUUAUUAUACGCUUUUAUACUUCUUUUACAAGUAAUCUAUGUUGUACUUUAUACAGGUGUUGCAUUGACAACAAGCACUCCCAUAGCCUAUGAUUCAACUUAUAAUAAUUUUGAAAAUUCAACAUGUCUUGAUAUGUGUGAGAUGUUAACAAAUAAAACAUUUAAUGGUGGUCAUACAAAACGUACACAAACUCUAAUUAUAUUUCGUUUUCUGCUAUUAAUUUUUUCAUGUGCAGCAUUAAUUAAAGAAUUUAUUCAAGUUCUUACUCAACGUGGAAGAUAUUUUCGAACAAUUUUUAUUAAUUCACUUGAAAUUCAAACGUAUACAUGUGCAGCCAUAUUUGCCAUGAAUACAAAUGAUUGUACAAAAUUAACGGGCAUUAGAUGUAAAUAUCAAUGGGAUCUAGGUGCAAUUGGAAUAGCCACUGUAUGGACAACUCUAUUGUUAGUAUUUGUAAAUUCUCUUAAAAUGGGCAAAUAUGGUCUUUUAUUUAUUAAUGUUUUUUUAACAUUUUUAAAAUUUUGUCUUAUUUACAUUUUUAUAUGGAUUGGUUAUUUAUUAGCAUUUCAUAUGCUUUUAACACAUGUGGCAUCGUUUCAAUCCAUCUUUUUAGCCAUACCAAAAAUGGUGGCAAUGUUAACUGGAGAAUAUGAUUUUGAUGAUUUAUUUUUUAUUAAUGGGGAACAUGUCAAAGGCACAACGGCAGCCAUGGUUCUGUUUGCAUUGUUUGUAUUCACAAUGAAUAUUUGUGUCAUGAAUAUUUUAAUCGGUUUGGCUGUUAGUGACGUAAACAAAUUUCAAUUGAAUGCUAAACAUGAAAAUUUACGUUCACGUAUUAAAACCAUUUUAAGUUUUCAAGCAAAAUUUGGUUUGAUAUGUCAAAUAUUUUCACGCAUGGUUUUCGCUAUUACUCGAUCGUUUAAAGGCUCAUUAAAUCGAUUUGCCAUGCGUUUUCCACACGUAUUAGGUCUAAAAUAUGAUUUAUCUAAAUUAGAUAUUAGAGUGAAACAAAUACAAGUACCAAGAAGCCAACAGCCAGGAAGAAUUGCACAACAACAGAAAGUAAUCAAUUGUAAAGUCGGUUAUGUAUCAAAGAAAAAUGAUUUAACACAAACAUCAUUAUUCAUUGAAGAUCCACAAGAAAAAAUAUUACGAAAAUCAGAAGAAGUCAAAGAAGAAUUGGAACGAACACAAUUAAGAAUCAGUCAAGAGUUACAUCGUUUAACAUUGACAUUUGCGGCUGAUUUUGAUGAAUUAAAACGAAAACUAAUUGAAAAAUAG